GCGCAUCUCUAUUGUAGCAGGUGCCGGCGAGUAUAGCAAUUUUAUAGGAGCAACAAUAGGAUCGUAUUAGCCGGAAUUCAGUGACAAGAUGACCACGUUGCGACCGUUCACCUGUGACGACCUCUUCAAGUUUAACAAUGUAAACUUUGACCCACUUACGGAGACCUACGGGCUGUCCUUCUACACCCAGUACCUGGCCAAGUGGCCGGAGUACUUUCAGCUUGCGGAGUCGCCCAGCGGACAAAUAAUGGGCUACAUCAUGGGCAAGGUGGAGGGACACCUGGACAACUGGCACGGACACGUGACUGCGCUUACCGUCUCGCCCGACUACCGGCGCCUGGGUCUGGCUGCGCUGCUCAUGAGUUUCCUGGAGGACAUUUCGGAGAAAAAGCGAGCAUACUUUGUGGAUCUGUUUGUGAGGAAGAGCAACCAGGUGGCGAUAAACAUGUACACGAACCUCGGCUACAUCAUAUACCGCACCAUACUUGAUUACUACUCCGGCGACCAGGACGAGGAUGCGUACGACAUGAGAAAGGCCUUAUCCAGGGACGUGAACAAGAAGUCGGUCAUACCGUACACGCAGCCUGUACGACUGGAACACAUAGAUAUGAAUUGAUACGAUGUCAACCCAGUAGCGCCCGAAAACGCAUUUAUGACUAACUGAUCCCCCGAUCCACCAUUUGAAACGGGCGCGAGCGCAUCACUUCGCAGCCCAUUAAAUUCUAGUUAACUUCUAGCAAUGUAAAUAACACAUAAUCCCAUGACCUGCCCGGUGAUAACAUGCCAUUCAAUUCUGACCGGAUUCCCACCCGCUUGCGAACCAAUCCCCCGGCAGUAUCUGCGUGCAUUUCCCCAACCGAAACUAAGCCUGUAAUUAAGUACACGACCGCCCCGUUACCAAAUUCAGCUCAAAUUCUCGAUAAUUCUAUUGACUUUGAAAUUAUUUAAAGAUUUCGUAAGCCGAUGCGUAAAUAACCUCAAACUCAAAGAUUGUUCCACAGUUCUGAAGAUCACAAUGCGCGAGCUGCGCAGACAAAUGCGUCACGAUCACUAAGUGGAACGAUUCGCGACGGAUGUGGGCAUAGCCACGGGCAUCGCCAUCGCCAUUUAAUUCAUCAACCAAUUCCCAUUUACCAAUGUGCUGAAUAGAAAACCCUUUUACGAAUAAAACAAAAAUAAACCCCUGGCAUAUAAA